AUGGCCAGACUCUUUUCUUUCCGCAAGUCGAAGGUCGCAAAUGAACACCAGAAAGGACAAUCUACCACCAAAAUGCGUCCUAUCAAACAGCUCUUGAACAAGACCAAAAACUUGUUUCGUCAUAGUAGAGUUCCUGAACCAACCCACCCUUUCCAACCUCCAGCUAUCCUACCACUUCCAGAGACAACCGGUAGCUUGCAAGAACUAAUUGAUGAAGGAUUGCUGUUACUGAGCGAAGGAACUACCAUUUCCCAUGCAGGCUUCUCGAGUUCGACGCGUUGUGAAGGGCAUACCAGUAGUGCGAUCACCUGUAGAGAUGGGUUGACACAUUCACCGCUGCUUUCAGCUGGGUCUACUGGCUCAGACGCUCAUGAGGAAAGUCUUGCGCAAGCAAAAUCCUCCAGCGAUAGUAAGACGCUAUUGAGUGGAAAAGCUGUAGAAGCUUGGCCUGAGAACGAGUCGCUAGGCGGCUCCCAGCAAUCAUCAGUCGAUGGCUCGCCUGCAGCAUCAUCCUCACUAUGUGCCGCCACUGCUGAAACCUCUGUCUUGGAAUUGGUACAUUGUACACCGAGCAAGACUCAAAUAUGUCUUUCAUCCAGCAAGAAGCUGUCGCGCCCCAAAGGACCAGGUGGAAUCGAAGGCCCUGUUGGCGAAACUCAUCCUAGCCUGUCCACCAACCAUGUUCCUGAGGAGGACUUACGCCAAACUCGUCUGGAGACUCCAGUUGUGCUUACUUAUUCGCCUCAACCAGAACCCAAUAGCGGCGAAUUGGGCGACAACCGUAUUCAUCGCAGUGCUCCGGUUCAGCAACCUCAGCUUUUAACUGAUGUUGCCGAUGCCUCUUUCUUCGACAACAUCCUAGCAGAUGAGUCAGACUUUGGCUGCAUUCGAAGAAUGUUUACAGAGGCGGAACUGCUAGAGGUGGCUGCAUCAUCAACCUCUUCCAUCGAGUCCAAUCAAGAAGCAUUGAACACUACAGAGAGGCCUGAAUUUAUCUGCUUUGCUCAAUCUGAGCUAGAGAUAGAUGCCAUCAGACGGUGUCGUUCUCAGUUUGCGAGGUCAUUGGAAGUAGCCCUGGCAGAACAGAAGACAGGUCUUGAAUGCGGCUUCGAGGAAAGCUACGACAGCUCGGCCAAGCUGCAUGAGAUCGAGAUGCUCAACGCCCAGGACGAUCACGAUGCCGAAGUCCAUGAGCUAAAGCAGUCCGAAAAGGAUCUUCGGGGUCGUCUUGCCGACAAGGGCAAAACUCUUCGUCUUGUGCGAGCCGACAUGGAGACCCUCAAGAAGCAGUGCAACAACACGGUAACUCAGCUUGAGGAGAAGUCCAGCCAGUGCGAUCAGGUUUUGCAAGCUCUCCAAGAACGCGAGACAAUCUUGCAAAGACAAAACGAGGAUCUGUAUCGUUUGAGAGACGAGCUGGCCAAGACUCGACAAGCAUACCAGUUAUUCUUACAGGCUUCACGGGCUGAAGAUGCUGAAAACGAACGUUCUCGCACAAGUCUGGAAGAGCGGUAUAAUGGUCUGCUCACCGGCUUCAACCAGCUAAAUGCUAACAGGCAGGUCACUGAGGGUCAGCUCGAGGCUACACGACGUCAGCUUCAAUUGACACAAGCAGCAUUGAAGAAGCAGCAAGAAGCCUUUGAACAGACGAAGGCUUCUCAUGAGCUAGUGAUUGCAAAGAAGGUCCGAGACUUCUCGUGGCAUAUUGAGCAAAAUGUAAAUGCUCAGGCAAUGAGGCCUUUGAGCAUGGAGGAUGAGAUCGCCAAAGUAACGGCGCAGCUCCGCAAGACACUUGAGGAGCAGAUCGAAUUAUCGGUGGCACUUGGUAGUCAACUCGAGUCGACACAAGUAGCCAAUAAGGCGAAGUUCAAAAAGCUGAAGCGCGUCAUCGCCAACCAGGGCCAAGAAAACGUGAUUUUGGAGAUGGCACUCAGCAUGGCUCAGCGUCAACGAGAUCACUGGGCUGAACAAUAUGACGAAGUUGCUCACACCCUGGCCAGCAAGCUUCCGUUCUCGUCCUUCGCUCGUAGCCUUGCCGAAAGACAUAUUGCGCUACAAGAAACAAGGUUUGCCCUCGAAGCCCAGUUACUUGAAGCCAAACUACGUGGCGAUCGUGCUCUUCUUGAUCGUGAAAUUGUGAAACGUCAUGAAGCCAUCAAGCUGGGCAAGCGAGAUGCCGAGAUAGCGAGCCUGAAGCACCAGCUUGGAAUUGUGCAGCAGGACCUCGACAACGAGAACGGCAAGGUGCUCAUCUACCAGACGGCGGUGGACGAAGAGAUGCCCGGCCUCCAAGCGCGCAACAAGGAAGUCGAACGCAUGCUGGACGACCAGGUCACGAACAAUAUCCACGCCGACCAUCGCCGUGUGGUGCAAGAUCUGCGCUAUCGUUUGCGCGAGCUCGAGGAAACGAACAAAUUCUGGGAGCACAGUCUGGCCGAGCUUUCCCAGGAAUUUUCUCGGGUCAAGUCAGACUGGGAGAACAGCGGCUGCAUCAUAUUUUCCAACCUGACCAAUGCGCGCACCUGGCGCAACGACCGAGACCGCCUCGAGAUCGAGAAUGCGGCCUUCCGAGAACGUUUCGCCGACGAGCUGGUCAACGAGCCUCUCGUCAUCCCCGCGGACUGGAAAACAAGACAGCAGAUCGAGGAUGACUUCAAGCUCGAAAACAUCGACGAUGCCCUGCUGAAGCAGUUCGGGUUCACCUUUGGAUCUGUGCCGAAGGAGGUCUUGGGCCUCGGCUCGCCGCCAUGGGAGCACAUCCUGGUCAAGGCCAACGAGGAUAUCGCCAAGCAGAAGCAGAGGUGGAUCGCCAAGCGAGAUGCCUUGAAGGCUUCCUUUGAGGGUAGAGACCCCAGGAUGCCCAAUAACCACGAGUGCAUCGACUCGGACAGUGAAUUCGAGGUUGAGUGGAAGGGCAAGGCGAAGGCGAAGGCGACGGGACGGGCAAAAGGCAACGAUGGCCAGCCGUCUGGCAUUGAGACCCGAGCUGAGAAUGAAAAGGCACGUGGUCAACUCUUGAUCGCCGCCCCAGACCCAUCUGAGACGGACCCAACUGCGGAGUUCUUCUGA